UUCCCCUCUGUAUUCUUCUUCUUCUUCUCCUGUACCUCUGUUACAGUUUCUUUUUCUCUGGUUCACUGUACUCGUUAUCUUUUCAGUUGUAUUAGCUUAAGUAUGACUGACUUUUCACCGUUAAUAGUUGAAUAAUACAACAGUGAAUCUUGACUGAUAUCAAUCUAGAUUGUUUGUCUAUUUUGUGAACAUAACAAAGGUGCUCUCGUUGAGAGUAAUCCGAUGGCGGAAGGAACUAGGAUUUCUCAAUUAACGAGAGAAUUGGCAAAGGUGCAAGAGCUCAGCGAUCAAAGGGAUUUCGACUAUACGACACACAUGGAUAAACAUGAUAGUAGUAUUGAUGAAAUGGCAAAGGCACUUACUGAACUCUCACGUAAGAAUGAACGCAUUGAUGAAAUGUAUAACACCUUAGCAGAGCUAUCUCGCAAUGUUGCAAAGCUACAAUUGCAGCAGAAUUCCGCUAUUGGAUCCUCGAACUCCAAUCAGAACUCGAUUCAGGUGAGAAUUGUGAAGGUAAAUUUUCCUAAGUUCGAUGGAACCGAUGCACUGAACUGGAUCUUUAGGGCGGAGCAAUAUUUCAGCUAUUAUCAGAUGACUGAUGACCAAAAGGUGGUUCUUGCUUCAGUAAACAUGGAAGGCGAUAUAAUACCCUGGUUUCAGAUGAUGAAUCACAUGCGACAGGCUUCAACGUGGGCUGCUUUAGUUUGGGCGGUGGAGCAGCAGUUUGGACCCACCCAAUUCGAGAAUUCGAGAGCCCAGUUGUUUAAGCUUUCACAAACCGGGUCGGUUCAAGAAUAUCAUACUCGAUUUAUGGUUCUAGCCAAUAGGGUGGAGGGCGUGAUGGCUGACGCUUUCAUCGACUGUUUUAUCAGUGGGCUGCGAGAGGAUUUGCGACGAGAGGUAAUGUCGAGAGAGCCUCUUACUCUGUCGAAGGCAGCAGCAUUGGCGAGAUUACUGGAUAAGAAGACUUCCUCAUCGUCUUGGGGAUUCUUAAAAAAUCGAGGAGCUACUGCAAGUCCAGCCACUAAGACGGGGGUUGGAACCUCACCCAUGAGUUCAUCUGUGACAGCAAAGGCAAGUUUACCACCCUUGUUACCAACACCAAAUUCGAAACCUAUGGCUCCGAUUAAGAAACUGAUGGCGGCCGAAAUUCAACUGAAGAGGGAAAAGGGACUUUGCUUGACGUGUGAUCAAAAAUUUUCUGCUACUCAUCACUGUCCGAAUCGGCAAUACUUAAUGCUUCAGUAUGAGCCAGACGAAACAAUUGAAGACUCGAUGGAAGAGGAAACACAGGGUGAAGCGAGGAUGGAUACUGCUGAGUUGCACCAUCUAUCCAUGAAUACGAUCCACGGCACACCAGGUAAAUGCACUAUCCGAUUUACUGGCUCGAUUUUGGGGACUAAUGUUUCCAUUCUCUUGGAUGGUGGCAGCUCUGAUGAUUUUGUUCAGCCCCGAAUUGUUAACCACUUGAAUUUAGCUGUGGAACGAGUCACACCCUUCAGAGUGUUAGUUGGCAACAAUGAAUUCUUACAAGGAAAUGGACUGGUACGAGAUUUACCCUUGGUAAUUCAAGGCCACCCGAUACGAGCCUCAGCUUUUGUCCUAGCUGCCACCAGUUAUGACGUGGUCUUAGGUCCACUUGGUUGGCUACACUAGGUUCCCACAUCUCCAAUUACACUACAUCACUUGGUGCGCUUUUGUGACACUGAUGCAAUUGGUGAGGUGUAUACACUAGACUGGAGGCAAAUUGAUGAUGGGCUAGCAGAAUCAAAUUUGAAUUUACCUGACGAUAGUCGUUCAGAUUUGAAGGAGUUGUUGCAAAAAUAGCAUACCGUGUUUAGUCUACCCUUGGGUCUUCCUCCAAAGAGGACACACGACCAUGCUAUUACACUACAAUCUCGGAGUUUCUCCAGUCAAAGUGAGACCAUACAGGUAUCCAUUUAGUCAGAAAAGCUAGAUUGAGGCUGUGGUAAGUGAGAUGUUGGCGUCUGGAAUUAUAAAACCCAGUACCAAUCCCUUUUCAGCCCCAGUUCUUUUGCUUAAGAAGAAGGACGGAACAUGGAGAUUCUGUGUGGAUUACAGGGCCCUCAAUGCAGUGACCAUUAAAGAUUCCUUUCCUAUUUCUACUAUUAAUGAGCUCCUAGAUGAGUUACAUGGCACCAGUUAUUUCUCUAAGCUUGAUUUAAGGUCCGGUUACCAUCAAAUACUAGUAAGUGAAGAAGAUCAGCACAAGACGGCAUUUUGGACUCACCAUGGCCACUAUGAAUGGCUGGUGAUGCCAUUUGGGCUUACCAACGCCCCAGCGACUUUUCAGGCUUUAAUGAAUGAGGUCUUUCAGCCUUUCUUGUGUAAAUUUGUAUUAGUGUUUUUUGACGAUAUUUUGGUUUAUAGUAUUGAUUGUCAGCAACACCUACAGCACUUGGAGCAAGUUCUUUCUUGCCUCAGACAACACCACCUAUAUGCAAAAUUGAGCAAAUGCUCAUUUGGCUAGGAUAAAAUCCAAUACUUGGGGCAUGUUGUUUCAAAGGCAGGGGUUGAAGUAGACCAAGAAAAAGUCCAAGCUGUACUCCAGUGGAGUAUUCCCAAUAAUGUAUCUCAGUUGAGGGGCUUCCUAGGUCUUACAGGAUAUUAUAGGCGGUUCAUUUAUCGUUAUGCUCAAUUAGCCCAGCCUUUAACCAACUUGCUCCAGAAAAACAGUUUCACAUGGACCGAAGAGGCUCAGAAGGCUUUUGAAAACUUAAAGAAAGCUGUGACAGAAGUGCCAAUUAUGGCCUUGCUAGACUUUUCCAAAACAUUUAUUGUUGAAACUGAUGCAUCAGGAUGUGGAAUUGGUGCUGUGUUGUCCCAAGAGGGUCAUCCCAUUGCAUAUUUUUCCAAGAAGCUAUCUCCCCGCAUGCAAGCCCAAUCUACCUAUGCAUGAGAACUCUAUGCCAUUACUGAAGCUGUUGCCAAAUUUCAACACUAUCUCUUUGGUCAUUACUUCAUCAUUCGCACUGACCAAAAGAGUUUACGCCAUCUAACUGACCAGACCAUUCAGACGCGUGAACAAGAAAACUGGUUGCCAAGGUUGCUGGGCUAUCACUUCACCAUUGAGUACAAACCGGGCAAGACCAACCAGGCAGCAGAUGCACUCUCAUGAUCUUGCUAUAUGGCUAUCACCCAACCAGUCCUUUCGUUGGAACUGAUUUUUUCCAAGAGGUGAGAGAUUCCAAAGAGAUCAAGGAUCUCCUUAACAGGUUCAAAUCUGAUCCUAGCUCCAUGAUCGACUACUCAGUCCAUGAUGAAUUGCUUUACUGGAAGAAUAGGAUUUACAUCCAUCCCUCUUUGUUUGCUUGUAUUGAGAAGUUACUAGAAUUGUAUCAUUCUUCUCCCUUAGGGGAACAUGCUGGUCUGUACAGAACUUUAGCUUGUAUUGCCACUCACUUUUAUUGGCCUGCUAUGCGUAAAGAUGUUGCUGAAUAUAUCAAAAAAUGCCAAGUUUGUCAGCGAGCAAAAUCACUUCAAACGCAUCCAAAUGGGUUACUUAGUCCUUUACCAAUUCCAGCGCAAGUAUGGGAAGAUAUUGCGAUGGAUUUUAUCACCGGGUUGCCUGUGCAUAAGGGGUUUUCAGUCAUUAUGGUAGUCGUAGACCGGCUCUCUAAGUAUGGCCAUUUUAUACCCCUUCAUGCCUCAUAUACUAGCCAGCCAGCAAGCUGCUGAGGCUUUUGUGCAUCACGUGGUCAAAUUACAUGGUGUCCCUCGGACCAUAGUAUUAGAUCGAGAUCAAGUCUUCAUUAGUCACUUUUGGCAGCAGCUCUUCAAGUUACAAGGCACUAAUCUCCAACUGAGCAGUGCCUACCAUCCUCAAACAGAUGAUCAACGUGAGGCUUUAAAUAAAUGCCUAGAGCUGUAUUUACGAUGCUUUGUUUUUUGAUAAGCCAAAACAGUGGCUUACUUUCCUUCCCUGGGCAGAGUAUUAGUAUAACACAUUAUACCAGUCUUUGACAGGCUUCAUGCCAUUCAAGAUUGUCUAUGGAAGGGAUCCCCCUUCUCUGAUUCCAUAUUCAUUCCCUACUGUAGUACCUGCAGAUGUUCACGAGCAUCUCAAGAAUAGGGAUGAAGUACUUCAGUUAUUGAAGGGUAAUUUGCUCAAGGCUCAACAACGGAUGAAGAAAUAUGCAGACUUACAGCACUGAGGUUCAUUUUGAAGUCGGCGACUUUGUAUUUGUCAAGUUGCAGCCGUACCGACAAACUUCCCUCCAGCCACGCCAAAACAAUAAGUUAGCUCUCAAGUUCUUUGGCCCUUUUCGAGUUCUAGAGAAAAUUGGCUCUGUAGCCUAUAAACUCCAAUUACCUGAUUCUGCUCGAAUCCAUCCUAUCUUUCAUGUUUCUCUCCUGAAGAAAUGCGUGGGAUCACCUCAUGAGCAGUACAUUCCUAUACCGCUGCUCAAUGAUGAAUUACAAACUGUUGUCUCCCCAAUAGCUGUGCUGAAAAGUCAUGACCUGUUGGUUAAGGGCCAUUGGAAGAAACAAUUCUUGAUCCAAUGAGACAUCACUGAUCAACCCACUUGGGAAUUUUUCGAGUACAUGCAACACCACUACCCUUCCUUUGACCUUGAGGACAAGGUCAGUCCUGAUGGGGAAGGAUAUGUAACAUCACAGAGAGGCACCUCACGUGCACAGCCCAUGCAGGUUGAAGAAAAGCAAGAAGGACAGGUGUUAAAGGGUCCCACACUGGCAGAAAAAUUAAAAGAGUUUGUUAGGCGUGGUAACCGAAUGAGGAUGAAAACGUGGAAGCUCAAGGAAAACGAAGGUAUUUGAGGUAGUGGAAGGCUUGUAGAGGGGUGUAGUUGUUUUUUUUUUUUUUUUUGUGAGAGAUCACUUCCUGUAUGCCUCUCUAUUUCCCCUUUGUAUUCUUCUUCUUCUCCUGUACCUCUAUUAUAGUUUUUUUUUUCUCUGGUUCACUGUACUCGUUAUCUUUUCAGUUGUAUUAGCUUAAGUAUGACUGACUUUUCACCGUUAGUAGUUGAAUAAUACAAUAGUGAAUCUUGACUGAUAUCAA